GACUCAUUCAAGAGAGACAAGGUCUACGGAUACAUUCCAGUCCAAUUCAAGUACAACAAUCCGAAGAUUCUUGACAUACACAUCACUGCUAGACAAUUAUAUUGCAAUGUCCGAGAUUCGAGAGGUAGAAAUGAAAGAAGCAGCUGGCCAUACAGAGCGCAGGCAACCCCGCCAUCACGAAUACAAGGAUGAUGACCACAAGAAUAAGGACCAUUACAAACAUCAUUAUCACAAGAAAUCUAAUGAAGGUCAAUUAAAUUUCCGCAACCGAAGUUUUGAACGUGACCACCCCUCAAAAGUGGCCAAACGUAAAAUUCAAGUACUUGAAAUCCAUCAGGAAUAUAGAGAGCGUGUUUCUACCCACCUACAAAGCCUACCAAAAUUCAAAACACUAGACGAUAUUGGCUGGCUUGCCAUGCCCAUGUACGAUAAUGUAGUUGAUCAAUAUAUUUCCGACAAUGCAAAUUUGACCUCAAACCCCAGACUAACGGAUAAAACUACCAGGAACAGGUUUAUUGAAAAUAUGAGAAGUGUUUACGGUAGGAAAAGUAUACUUUUCAGUGUUGAUGUUGAGGCUUGGGAAUUAGAUACCAAUAUUAUUACAGAAAUUGGAAUAGCGAUUUAUGAUCCUCGUGAUCAGCAAGUGGCUAUGAUUCCAACGUUUCAACAAAUUCAUAUUAGAAUAAAGGAAAACCUUUAUAAACUCAACGGGAGAUUUGUUCCAGAACACGCUAGCAAUUUUAAUGGUGGAGUAUCAUAUAUUAUGACUAAAUAUGAAGCAGGUUCGUUUGUUCAAAGUUUGGUUGAUUAUUAUUUUUCAAAGACUAAACAAGACAUUGGUAGUUUUUUAGUUGGUCAUGAUUUACCUGGAGAUAUAAAAUGGUUGACCACAUUAGGAGUGAAGUUUCCAUCAAAUUUGAGUAGAUUAGAUACUGUUCACUUGUUGGCUUUAACUCUAGGCAAACAAGGUACAAGCCUUGGGAACGCACUUAAUAUGGUUAAGAUCCCUCACGCAUUUCUUCACAAUGCAGGAAAUGAUGCAUAUUAUACAUUAUUAUUAGCAAUGACAUUAUGUGAUCCGCAAUGCAGAAUCAAAUUUAAUUUAGACGUACUUCGAGUUAAGGAAGGCCCAAUAUUGACCAAGGAAGAGAAGUUGGCAAAAAAGGAACUUAAGAGGCAGCAGAGAAUGGAAGCGAAAGAAAAGGAAGCCAAGGAAAAGGUCAAGAAUGGCACAGAAGAAGAAGAAGAAGACAAAGAUAAUGUUUCAGGUACCUUAGCCAAUUCAAUUGAAGAAGUAAAUCUACUGAAAGACGAGAUACCUACCGAAGCCAGCGGUAAUGGAGAUUGCACAAAGAAUAAGAUAGAUGUUGUCAAUAAACCAAAGAAAAAGUCCAAGAAGAAACACCCUUCAAACAUUGCAGAAUCUAUAGAGAUAACUACAGCUAUUGAUGCUUCUUUAAAAAUUUUCAGCAACGAGUCAUCCAUUAAUUUAGAAUAAACUAUUGGUUUGAUCUAUAAGAGUACGUUCAAAUGUUUGUAAUAAUUCCAGAAUUUGUAGUAACAACCCAGCGCAUAAACUCUUUACCUUUUCAUCAAUAAGUGUCUCCCAGGUAAUCAUUAACCAACUUUGAAUAAGAAUUAAUUCGUCGUGGUGAUAAGAAAUCAAAUAUUGACCGUCUAUAAUAUCAAAGAUCAAGAGAAUACCCGUGACUAUACUUUCUAUUAAUUGCAACUGAUCUGACGAUAACCUCCGAAUUAUUGAACAACUUAAGAUAAGAAACUCCUUCACCAUAUCUCUUAGUUGUGUUGAAGAAGGAUAGGAACAAUGAAUUAUCAAUACUAAUGUCUUAAUAUAAUGUGCAAUGAAUAUUGGAGAAUAAUGGCCAAUAUCAAUGGAACCUGCUUCAUACCAUACAUUCAACAAUGGGAAAUAGAAAUUAGUAGCAAUUAUUUUAAAGUAAUUACUAAUAACUGGUGGAUCAGCUUGUUGUUUUGGUUGUUUCUUUAGUUUGGCAGAAAUUCUUACUAAUUUACCCUUGCCAAGUAUUUCAUCUUGUGCCUUUGACGAAGCUUCUUCCAUUAGUGAAUUCUGCAAUUCUGUAUGGAUAUUGUCAAUAUAUUUAGUGUUAUCAGCUUCCAAUUGCAUAUAUUUGUUAUGUAAGCUUUCAGGAAGCAUUUGUGAUGGAAAAUUGAUUUGUUUGAAUGAUUUGGUAACAACAUCAUCUUUGAACCCUCUAAGUUCUCUAGCAGCUAAUGAAGUUGCUGAUAAUAUCUGCAUUCUUUGUUGCAAGGAAUAAUCACCAGUUAGAAGCAAUUUGAAAACGUAGAAAGUAAUAUUAGGAUUAGCAACAAUCACGGCUAUUAAGUUGUUUAGUUUCAAAACUUCAAAAUCUUUAUCAUUAAAAUGGUUAUUCAAUGCAAGUAGUGAUGAGAAUAAAUCUUCCAGGAAGAAUUGUACUUCAUUUCCACUUCGAGAUUUUCUUCGAAGUAAGGUUGGUCCUUCAGUCAAUGCCUUACGUCUCAUUUCAUAAGCGUUAUUAUCCUUUGUGUCAACAUUCAAAUAUUGCAACAAAUCCUUGAUAUAAACUGGGGAUUGGACAUCAACCUGUGGUGGUAUGGAGGGAUCAUCAUCUUCGGAUUCAUCAUCAGAAUUGACUUGUUGAACAGAUAGAUUUGAGAUUUCAGAGGAAAUAGUAGUUAUUUCUUCCUUUUCUUCUUCUUCAACAUAUGGAGCUUUUAUAUUGUUCCAGGCUUCGGAUUGUCCCAUUGUCCUGAUUUCAAGAACAGAUUCAACAAGAUUAGAGUAAUUAUCAACACUGUCAUUGAAUUUAAAUAUCUUUUCCUCUCCAUUUAAGAUGCAAACAUGAUCAGCUACAGCCACACCUAAAGCCUUGACAUUGUCAGAAAAAGACAGGAGCCUUUUUGUUAUAGCAUCCAAGAAAACUUUGCUCUUUACAAGUUGCUUUAAAAAUUCAGAACCCUUUCUUCGCGACAAUAUUUGGAGCAAUAUAUGAGUUCUUGAUUCUUGAAUUGCGAUAGGUUCAUUAUUCACUGAUUCCUCACUUGACCAGCUCGACAAAAGUUGAAAUAUUAAUGAAUUUAGUUGAGUUUCAGGACAAUCGUUAAGUACCAUAGCAACGAGUUUGUUCAAAUCCCGAUUUCCACAAAGAAUAAUUGAUUCCACCGUCAGUGAAUCCAAGUAUUCAUGAGAAAAAUUGAGAAUAUUAUACAAU